CAUCAUUCUCUUGUAGAUAUGGAUGUGUGGCGGAAAGCUAGAGCUCAUUCCUUGCUCAAGAGUCGGUCACAUAUUCAGAAAGUCCCAGCCCUAUUCUUUCCCAGGGGGAGUGGACACGAUCCUCAUUCGUAACAACAUGCGUCUAGCCGAAGUCUGGAUGGAUGAGUAUAAGGAACACUAUUACGCAAAGAGACCUAGCAUCCGCUCGAGGAGUUAUGGGGACAUCAGCGAAAGACUUGAGCUGAGAAAAAAGUUACACUGCAAGUCGUUUCGCUGGUACAUGGAGAAUGUUUAUUCAGAGAUGCCGUUGCCGCUAGAGAAUUUACGCUAUGGAGGCUAUGUCAUGAAUCCUCAAUCGAAGCUUUGCUUUGAUACAAUGGGGAACAGAGAAUAUGGGAAGGUCUCUCUCUUCACCUGUCAUGGGAUUGGUGGAAACCAAGAAUUUGGGUUCUCUGAUUCCGGUGAGCUAAUAUUCGAUGAUGAUCUUUGUCUUGACAUUUCAAGCAAAGAGAGAGGAGGUAAGGUUGGAAUACUAAACUGUCAUGGACUGGGAGGGAACCAGAAAUGGGAGUACAAUAAUGUGACUCGUCAUCUUCAACACGUGGUAACUAAGCUUUGUGUGGAAAAGGGACCUGGCAAUAUUCUUGUUAUGAAUAAUUGCAUGGAGUCUUUCCCUUCUCAGGAAUGGAUCUUUGGUCGUAAAUACAACUCUAAGAAGAGGAAACACUGAUUGAGACAGCA